GAGCAGCAGAAGCGGCGGGGCCGGAGACAGGGACGCCGCCGCCGCCGCUCACCCGGUGCGGGUGCCUCUGGAGUCACCGCCGGCCGCCGCGCCGCGGCCCUAUCCCUCUCUGACACCGGAGAGUCUCAUGAACAGACAUGGGGUCAACAACAAGGCAGCCAGGUUCAAGAACAAGCGCGUGUACCCGUCUGUGCCUAACCAGCCCUCGGAGGCUGGUGCUCACUUUAUGUUCGAGCUGGCCAAGAGCGUGCUGGCCAAGGCCGGAGGCAACAGCAGCACCUCGCUGUUCACACAGCCGUCGGACGCCGGCGCGCACCGCGGCCCGCACCGUGCGCUGCACAUGUGCGCCUUCCAGAUCGGCCUGUACGCCCUGGGACUGCACAACUGUGUGACGCCCAACUGGCUGAGUCGCACCUACAGCAGCAACGUCAGCUGGGUCACUGGUCAGGCAAUGGAACUUGGCGCGGUGGCCAUCUCCUGCCUGGUGGAGACCUGGGAAGGCCACCUCACGCCUACCGAGGCGGCCCACAUUGCCGACUGUGCCAGCCGCAGUCGGGACGGACAUGUAGUGCGGGCCGCCGCCGGGCUGACGCUCAGCAUCCUGCCGCACGCGCACGCCCUCAACCAGAACGAGAUCCAGCGCGCCCUGCUGCAGUGUAAGGAGCAGUCUACUGAACUGCUGGAGAAGGCCUGUCUGGCCGUGGAGGGAGCGGCAAAGGGCGGCGGUGUCUACCCAGAGGUGCUGUUCGACAUCGCCACCAAGUGGUACCAGCUCUACGAACGGACGUCUCCCAAGCAGAGCGCCUCCCACGACAGUGGCGAGGACGUGCCUCUGCUGGAGUCGCCACCGCCUCCACCGCCGCCCCAGCAGCAGCAGCAGCAGCAGGUACAGCAGGUACAGCAGCAGGCGGGCCCGCCGCAGGGAGUCAUGGAGCCCACACAGCAGGUUCACCUGAGUGUGGCGGCUGCCGCCCCGUAUCCUGUCACGUACAGCUGUCUAACGGCGGGACCCAGCGGCGCACAGGUGGGCGUGAACCAGCUGUCAGUCCAGAUGUUCGUGCCGUACGGUCCUCAACCGCCGGCCCAUCCGUUCCCGUCGGCCGCCCUCCAGCUGUAUCCGGCAGUCAGCAUGCAGUCCAUGGUGGCUGCGGCCGGCGGGCUGCCCAGGACACAGCCGUCAGGGCUGCCCGGCGGCGCGCCGGCGGUGCCCAUGUUCUCGCUGCCCCCGCAGCCGCACCCGCACAUGGUGAUGCUGGCCCAGGGCCCGCCGCCGGCCGCCCACAGUCAGCCGCCCCCGCCCCCGCCCAUCAUGGUGCCGGUGACGCUGGCGGCGGCGGCGGCGGCCGGCGCGCUGCAGCACCGCCCGCCGCCCCCGCCCCCGCCGCCGCCCGGCGGGCCGCCGGUCACCAGCCAGCCGCCGCCGGCGCCACACCACCAGCAGCACCCGCAUAUGGUGCCGCCGCCGCAGCACCAGCACCAGCAGCAGCACCAACAGCACCAGCAGCAGCAGCAGCAGCAGCAGGCUCAUCACCACCAUCACCAGCACCCGCCGCCGCAGCACCCCCUGGCGCAGCAGCCGGUGCCUCGUAUUCUGGGCUCUCCGCCUCUCAAAUACCUCUUCUCCACCUACCGUGUCGGUAUGUUGGCGAUGGAGACCCUGGCCCGGCGCGUCCAUGACGACCGGGCGACCAAGUACAGUCCGACGCCGCCCUAUGGGGAUGACGUCAUGUGGCUCAUGAGGGUCGCCAUGAAACUGGGCACUCCGUACGUGCACCAGUUUUGUCUGUGCGCCGUCAACUCUGUGGUCUCGCCGUUUGUCCUGUUUGAGAUUGCCAGCGACGUGGGCAGCUACUUGAGCCGGCACAACACGGCACCGCCCUACCGGUCUCAGAUCCUGACGCCGCUGGUGCAGCAGUGCCAGCAGAUGUUCCUCUCGUGUAUGCACGUGCGCCUGUGUCACGUCACGCCGCCCGAGUAUGACGAGUUCGUGGCGAUUGUGCGGAAGGCGCGACAGGCGUUCAGCAUGACGGCAGGAGGCCCAACUCAGCUGCAGGAGUUCCUUCAGGUACACCGGCGAAACAAGCUGGUCAAAAAGGAGCUCUGGCUACGAAUCACCAUCGCGCUUCAACAGACCGCUGCGUGACGUCAGAGUCACCUAGCGGACGUUUUCCAAAGCUGUAGUUGCUCGUUUUUCUACUGGAUGUCGCCACCGCCGCCACCGGUUUCCCAUAUGUCGCAUCUGUAUAAACUCAUCCGGGCGACGGCUGUCCCCGUGCUGAACUGUGGCGGCCUCCUCCCUCGAACCGGUCCAUAAUUGUAGUGUAGCUGUCGGAGGGCUGGCGGGGGCUCCCCUGCGCUCUUUCGCCGGCUCUGAUCUCGAAUCUGAAGAUGGUGGUUUCGUCGGCAAAACUCCGCGCAUCGGUCUAGCGGUGGACGCGGGAGGCUGGAGUUGGCCCGGUCGCCGCUAGGUGGCAGCAGGCUGCGCCCGGUCCGGAGCUCAGAGGCGAUUCUUGCGGGCGUAUUUGAUUGGAUGGAAUUAUCGCGUGGUAGUCUAUGGAUAUUUGAAGAGAUGGGCGAGGGUGUUUGACUUCUUCCCUAGCCGGUGCGACUCUGGCUUUGGAAAGGACAAGCUGUGGCUUCGGCCGGCGUGUUCUUCCUUGGUUGGAUUCUUGCCGGCUGCGACGGGAUGAGAACAUUCAGUACGCACGCGCUAAGUGUGUUCGUGUCUGUCCGUUUUAUAUUUUAAAUACUAUCUUAGUCGUAUCGUUUGAAUUCGUGGUAAUUAGAUGUAGAUCUGUGCAUGUGUGGGCGAUACUGACAUCUAUCGGCGGCGGCUGGUAACUGAAGUUCUCACCGCCGCCGAAAGGUGGCAGCACCGCGGGGGACAAAGUUCUCGCGCGUGUUUGAAUUUUACCGAGUGUAAGGCGCAGGGCGGACGGCUCGUUUGACGUGACACUGUUCUUGAGGCGCGUCUGAGGCGAGCAGUGACGCGCUGGGACACACUGCGCCGCGAAUGGCUCUUGUUUGAGUGGUUUUACGGCCUUGUCUUCGUUGGGGAGUGUCUGGACAUUGUCUGGAAGUCACCGUCUCGGUCCUGUUCUGGGCGCUAUCCAUCGUGGAGGUUGUUUGACCACUAACCAGCGCGUGCUCGCCCUGUGGCCGCCUUCAGGACAGUUUUUUGCCGUCCGUUCCAUUCGGCACUACCUCCUCCGUCAGAAGUUGUGUUUAUCGUUCGCGUUUAGUUGAAUUGGUUUGAAUUUAUUGGAUUUAUUUCGGCCUUAGGUCGUACAGAGUCGCGUGUGGCGUAGCCAGGUUUUUUGUUGCUGUUCAGUUGCGUUUUGCUUGUGUUUUGUCCUGUUUUGCGUGUCUGUGCUCAAGAAUGAUGUGUUCAGAAAUGUCACGAUCAGGAGUGCACCGGGCCCGUCUCAUGAACCACGAUCGAGAAAUAUACAGUCACUAGAGCCAUGAUCGCAUGAUCAUUCAAAUCAUCCAGCCACCAUGAUCUCCACAUUCUGCACGUAGCCUCCAAUCACCGCAUGCCUUGUUCACUCGCGUAGUUUCAUCGAUCGUGCUCUAUGAGACGGGCCACUGGUAGCUGCGGCGGUUAGCUUGGUUCGUUCGCUGUAUGGGGAGAAAGAGGACGGAGAAUGCGGCGGCUGCGACCGCUGGGCCCUGUCGGUAGAAACGCGAAUGGUUCCACGCUGGAGAGGCUAGCUGAUAUGCUGAGAUUGGUGUGUGCGUCCUUCCGUUAGAUCCCGAUAUCCAGUCCAUGGAUAUCGUUCCAAUUCAGUCUCCAGUCCAUGGUCCGCCUGUGUCUCUGGAAGGUUCCAUCAGCUCUGUCCGGCCAUCUCCGUCCAGUAAACCACUGCGUCACUGAUUCCACUGCUGUCCAGUUCAGUGCAUCAAUCCACAGACAGGCUUCCAACCGCAGAUCCGAUCGCCUUGUCUUCCCGCCGCUCUCUCCAUACUCACACCCUCUCUCCACCCGGCUCCAGCUGCGCUCCUGAGCUGAUCUUCCUCCCACCCUCUCCCCGUCGCUCCCGGCCUCUUUCCUGACGCAACUCUACCUCAAAUCUCGGCCGAUGAUGUUGGCGAUUCUGCUGACAUCUUCCGGAGGCCGCGCUAACUAGAAGUGUGCACGGACGCCGAUAGGUGGCGGGUGCGCAGAGCUAUCGCCCUGACAUCUGGCGGUGGUAUUUCGCGGUGAAAUGUGUGCGUGUGUGUUUGCCUACUAUUUCCCACGCCUUGGCUGCUCGACUUGUCGUUUCAUCCAUGGGACAACAAAGGCCUAUGUUGGUCACUACUGAUGACAACAUAAGUCCUUGCCCGCGGCUGAGCCUCCCCCGGGUUGCCACGGCGCGGCAGAGUUAGUGUUCCAGAGUCCCCAUCUAGCGGCGGUUUUAUCAAUGUGUGUUUCACGCGGCGGCCGAUAGGCGACGCUUCGGGCGCAGUCGACCUCUCAUCACCUGAAGCUCCGCUGCGCCCGUCACACACCCGUGACCCCAAAAGGUCACGCGGAGGGUGACCCCGCGGCCGUGGUCGGGUGUUGCGAGGUCCCCCGCCCGAGGCGCCGCCCCUGGCCCCGCCAGAGAUCGUAGUGUGCGGAGGUGUUCUUUGUAGUGUGUUGACCGCGCCGCGGAUGUGAGGCGGUCGCUGUUCGGUGGCUCGAGACUGGAGCGCAGUGGAAAUACAGACGGAAUGUCUGGAA